CACUCUGGCGACAUCAUUACAUCUGUUUUUACUUACAAUCUCCUCACUGUUGCUAGACACUUUUUGCACAAUUUUUGUGUGUGUUGUUGUUGUGACCUGAGGUGGCGAUGUCGUAUUUGGGUUCACAUAUUGUGUCUAAAAGCAUGUGAAAAGUGUGAGGCGCGUAGAUUCCUUCACUAUUUUUAAUGCGAUUUGCACUUGUGCUUCCCUGGCAUCUCUCGAUGACAUUCUGGAAAAUUGAGAUGUUUUCAACUAGGUGCACCUGGAAAAUGCGAGUGCGUCAUGUGUUCACCACUUUCUAACCAUGUGUGCGUCGCUCCCUAUUUUUGUGCGCAAGCUGUGGAAAUAACCCUAAGCUUAUUGGGAUUCCUUCCAAGGGCUCUCCUUGAGAUGUUCUCAGGGUUUCAGGAACGGUACGACCAUGAGGACGAGCUGUACAGGGAUGAAGAAGACUCAUCAGGUUUGUCUGAUUCGGACAGCGAGUUGGAAUUCCGGCUUUAUUCCCAGCUGCACUACAACGCAGAGUUCCAGGAAAACCAUGAGGAAUCAAGCAAAGUCCAACCAUUGGUCCCACAAACUCAACUUCAGCCGGAAACCAUGCCUCCUGCUCCACCUGUAGAUGUUAUCGUGAUUGACUCAGGGCCAGAUUCUUUUACAGUGUCAGACAGCACAGAGGAUGAUGAGAGUGUGUGUGCUAAUAAAGUUCAGUCAUUAAAACAUUGUAAAAGGAAGUCACAGCCCAGUCGCUUCCGUUCACCUUCUCCGCCUCAGGUUCAAGCAGGAAGGAGCUCUCCAGAUGAUGUUGUGGUGCUGGAUUCUGAUUUAGAACAAUCCUCUUCUGAAUCUGAACCUCCUUUUGUGGAGGAUUUGGACUCGGAUACAGACUCUGAUUCAGACUCUGAUGGACUGGAGAACUGGAUGAUUCUGGGCAAGGGGAGACAAGAUGAAGAUCAGAGCAUCCAGCUGAACCUCGCGCAGAGUAGUUUUGUGAAUACAGAAUAUGUAAAUUACAGAGGGCAAGAGCAGAAGUGGACUGUAUCAGAAAAGGAUAAACAGGCUCAGAUCUAUAAUAAAGGGCACGGCCCGAGGCAUGUCCCAAACCGCUCCACAUACAGAUACUACACUGAAAAAUCCAUCACGUGUCGCAACUGCAAUAAGACUGGUCAUCUCUCCAAAAACUGCCCCACAUUAAAGAAGGUGCCGUGCUGCUCAUUAUGUGGGCUUCGGGGACACUUACUGAGGACCUGUCCAAACCGUCACUGCUCGAACUGUUCGCUGCCCGGCCACACCUCUGAUGACUGUCUGGAGAGAGCCUUUUGGUACAAAAGAUGCCACCGCUGCGGCAUGACCGGACACUUCAUCGACGCCUGUCCACAAAUCUGGAGACAGUACCACCUUACAACCACUGCAGGACCCAUCCGCAAGUCUGCUGAUCCAAAGGCCUGCCAGAAACGUGCCUAUUGUUAUAACUGCUCCAGGAAAGGACACUUUGGCCAUCAAUGCUCUCAGAGAAGGAUGUACAAUUGGUCCUAUCCAUCCUUGCCAGUUAUCACCUAUUAUGACACAGUGAAUGACAUCAAAUGCCGGGAUUUCCGUCUGAAAAAGAAGGCCAGAGAAAUGCAGGACGCCGGACUGAUUUCUCCUGAUGGAGGCGUUGUAACAUUUACCCCUCAACCACCCAGAAAGAAACAAAAAGUCAGCCACAGUCCACAUCCGUACUCAAACAACACAAACAACCACCACACACCGAAGAAACGCAUCGCACACACACCCAAACACAAUCCACAAACAAACCAACAAAACACACACUGGAGGGUCAAGCAGAACUCCAAAAAACCAGGACCCCACGGCAAAAACACCCCUCAAAGCAAAGAGUUCAAAUCUCAAAAUAAAGAAGCCAAGAACAAGAAAAGGAAAAAGAAAAAGGCUGCAGUUAUAGAUGAAGAUGCCGACUUUCCCAGAGGUUCCAAAAAGAGCCCUCACAAGGCAGGUUUUCAUUCGUCAACUCAAAAAGCCAAUGUGAAGCCAGUGAAGCUGUUUGGAGUGGAGAAGAACCACAUGAAGAAAAAAGACAAGUCGAAAAAGAAGGAGAGGAUACAGAGAAAGAGACAACAAAAAGCGGCUAAAGAUUCUGCCGCGUAUCCCACUGAUGAAAACCUCUUCCAGAUUAAACAAAGAAAGGUAAAAAGAAGUAAAUGAAAUUGAUCACACUUGUGUGAUAUCAGGUGAUUCUCAAAGUUGGUUUUGCCCUUUUUCCAUCCGAUUAGUUUCAUAGACUGUAUUUUAUUAGCUUUAUUUGGGUCAUUCUUUAAAGAAAAGUGAAAAUAAAGCACAUCAGACUGUCUUGCCCAAAUACAGUAAAAGUGCUGUUCACUAUUGUAGGAUCACACCAGAUUUUAGAGGAUUUGAAGAAAUAACACACACACACACACACACACAUAGAUAAUUAAUUAAAAAACAAAUACAAAUGGAAAUUGUGGAUUGACUGUGUCAGUGGACUAAUUGGAAUAAUUGCUCAUUGCUUGGCUGCGUUAUACAAAGCUGUUCUUAUAUUACAAUGAUAUUAUUAAGCCUAAAGGAAUAGUUCACCUAAAAACUCAAAUUUGCUGUUGGAUUAAUCACCUUCAGGACAUCCAAGAUGCAGGACUUGUUUUUGCCACAAACUAAAUUUAAAGAAGUCUUUAAAUUUCAGUCUCAGUUACUACUGGCACUUCUAAACAAAGUCAAAAACACUUUUAGGCAAAGCAAAAGUAAUACCUGUAUCUUCAAAUUAUAUAUUAUGAAGUGAAACCAUCAGUUUGGUGAUGAAACUAAAUAUUAUUUUCAACAUUAAAUGGUUAGUUCAGCUAAAAAUUUAAAUUCUGUUAUUAAUUGUUCAUCUUUAUGUCUUCAGAACACAAGUUAAGGUAUUUUAGAUGAAAUCCGAGAGCUCUCUCGUCCUCCAUAGACAGCAAUGGUUCAAAGUCUAGAAAAGGAACCAAAAACAGUGUCAAAGCAUCCCAUGUGACUUCAGUAGUGCAUCUGUAAUCAUAUGAAAACCAAGAACACUUUUAUGAGCCAAUUUAUUUUUUAUUUUUUAAAUUAUUAGUUUGGUGUUGUCUUCUGCGUCAGAUUAGUAUGUUCAUUUACAGUCAAUGCAAUGCAUAUACGCGGCUGCUCACUCUAAUGGCAAUAUGUUGUAUUGCCCAUAGUAAAUGCGCACUGUAACCUGUCACAGAAGAAAUGGCAAAAUGUCAAAGGGCAAAGUUUUUUUUUUUUGGUGUGCAAAAUGUGAUCUUUACAUGAAUAAUAAUUAUACAAAUUAAGUCACAUAAAAUGUUUUUAAAAUAGUUUUUGUUCCCUUUUUGGUGCCUCUUAGGACCGUUUCCAUCUAUGGAAGAUGAGAGGGCUCUCAGAUUUACCUUGUACCUAAUUUGUGUUCUGAAGAUGAAUAAAUGUCUCAGGGGCUUGGAACGACAUGAGCGUGAGGAAUUGAUAGCCGAGUUUUUAUUUUUGGGCAAACUAAUUUUUUAAACUCUUAAGUCUUCGGUAUAAUGACAUGUGCCGAUGCAAACUAGAACAGUUUCAAUUUAUGAGACCUUAAUGUAUCGUCAAAAACCUUGGAUUUUAAAUUAGUUUCAGCUACAGUAUAUAUGUGCUGUUAACCGUUUACUUGCAGUAAUAGUUUCAGCUACAAAUCUUAUCAGCAACAACAACAAAAGGUUUUCUACAUAUUUGAUUGCCCAGUGGUGUGUAAAUUGACAGCAAAAUCAUUUCUUGGAUGAAUAGUUUCAAAAACUCAAUUUGUUAAGCAAAGCUUCGGGUAUUUUAUAAGCAGGUCUCCUGCUUGUACAUGAGUGUAUAAAGUUUUUUUUAUUUUAUGUACAUGCUGUAACAUCAUGAUUAAAUUCAAGUCUGUGUGUUUUGA